AUGUCCGAAUCUAGUCUUUCAGAUAACCGGUCGAAGCUGAAAGACUUCAUUGCUUCGAUUUCUGUCAUUCGAGGUGACCUCUCGAACAUCACGGCGCCGCCGUUUGUGCUUGACACAAAGUCAACUGUCGAACUGCCGGCCUUCUGGGCUGAAAGACCAUCAGUGUUUGUAGCCCCUGCUGCAUCCGAGGAUCCCGCAGAGCGCGCUCUUCUUGUCCUCAGGUGGUUCAUCUCGGCGCUUCGAAACCAGCAGUAUGCGGGUCGGUCCCCAGACGCCGGCGUCAAGAAGCCUUUGAACGCGUUCCUAGGUGAAAUUUUCCUGGCACGGUGGGAGGACGAGGCCGGGACGACCAGGCUGGUCAGCGAGCAAGUGAGCCACCACCCCCCCGUGACCGCUUGUCGAGUGUGGAACGAGGAGCACGGUGUUUCGGCUGAAGGGUACACUCGGCAAGAAAUCACCUUCUCUGGUAACGUGAAUAUCCAACAAAUUGGCCAUGCGACUCUGCACCUUGCUAGUCACAACGAGACAUACUUGAUUCCGUUACCCAAUGUCAAGGUAAAGGGUAUCCUGACUGGCGGGCCCUAUCCUGAACUUCAAGGGACAUACCACAUUCCAAGCACAAAUGGUUAUAUGUCGACCAUCGAAUUCGGCAGCAAGGGCCUUUUUUCUAGCUCCGACAAAAAACAUAGCUUCGAAGCGAAGGUUUACCGUGAAGGCGAAGCAGACAUGCCGUUGUACACUGUUAGUGGCAACUGGGAUGGUGUAUUCGUCACCCGUGACGUGAGCAAAGAUGUCCAGAUCGAGAAAUACGACGUCCAAACCGCCAAAACGACACCUCUCACCACAGAACCGAUUGAAGAACAGGACCCUUGGGAGUCGCGUCUAGCAUGGCGUGGUGUCCGCGAGGCUCUCGAAAGAGGGGACAUGCAAGGAGCCGCCGACGCCAAAUCAAAGCUCGAGAAUGGCCAACGAGAAAUGCACAGUGCUGACAAAGACGGAAAGAACUGGAAUAGAUUGUUCUACACUGCGGGGCAACGUGACGAGAUUGCCGAAGCUUUGGCGAGGAAGAUAGGCCAGAGUUUCGAUCCAACCGAUACAGUGGCAGCGUGGACGUUCCGCCUCCGAGACUGGCAGGAUGGAAAGUUCAGAAAGCCUUACCAUGGUGGCUUGAGACCAGACAACACCAGAGACAGCAGCGCGACUGGCAAGGAGGAGACCGACAGCACAGGAACAACUGAUGCAGGCCAUACGCCGGUGGCUGUUGGUGCUGGUGUAGAGAGCCUCAGGCAUAUCCGAGCCAAACAGCAUUCAUCCCUGCAUCAAGCUGUGACGAUAUCGGAAAAUGGUGACACGCCGGAACCUCCAAGUGCACGUGAGGCAAAGCGGGACACAAUUCCUGCCACUGCUGCCGAAAAGUCAGAGCCAGACAUGGGUGAAGUCCAUAGUGGCGUGGCCGGGAUGAGUAUGAAGGACAUGUCACGUAAGACAAAGCCGGACACUAUUCCUUCCACGGCUGCCGAAAAGUCAGAGCCAGACAUGGGUGAAGUCGAUAGUGGCGUGGCCGGCAUGAAUGCGAAGGAGAAAGCGCAAGUCGAGGACUUCAUCCGGAGUCAAUACUCGACUUCUGGCAGGUGACUCGCGAAUCUCGUAUUGCAUACACGAUCUCGAUGCCCAAGGUCUGUUGACCUGGCUGGGAAGGAGGAAAAUGAGGGGAGCUGUUCAGCUUGGCACCCAAGUGCGCUGGAGGAAAGGAAUGACAAGCGGCACGAUUCUUGGGCACGAUAGGACACGUACUAUCGUCAAACGACUCCAAGCGCCGACCGAAUCGAGUGCGCUCGCUCGCUCGUGAAGUCAAAGAAAUGAGGCCGAAUGCUGAACUGGCUUGACCACACCCAUCAGCCGAAACGGCGAGAUCAAGCAUCGACCAAAGCAUCGACCACGGCAUUCUCUUUGAUCUCAACCAUCUCUCUGCACAUUUCGAGAAACCGUCCACGAUACUCAGGUGCAUCAGUUGUAAUGCUCAUGGGCCCCUUCCGAUCAAUUAGAUUCCAAGCGUUGAUCAACAUUGUCAUCGCCUUCGCAUGAACCUUGUGCUUGGCCCAGAAGAAAUCCAGGAUGACCGCGCGGACAAGCCACUUAUUAUCCUGCGAGGGCACGCCUGUCCGCCAAUUCGGCGGGUCUUUGAAAGGGUCUUCCGGCUGUGGUGCUGGAUCUCGCGGAAUACGUACAAGCAUCAGACUGUAGUCUACGGCGUUGUGGCGGGCGAGCAACUCCGUGUCCGCUUCUAUCGCUUGGAAGAAUUCAUCGGCCUGCUCCCUGGUCAGAAGGAGCUUGUCGUUGAAGUCAUCUGCGAGUUUGGACUUUGUGGCCUGCGACGCCAGUUUGCCGCCUGCAAUAUCCCGCUCGGGGAAGAAGUAUGACAUUGGCUUCAGGUCGAAAGUCUGCCAUUUUGAGUCUUCAUCGGCCUGGCCGUGCAAGAGGUUCUCCAUGACGAGGUGGUAUGACGGAGCGAUGCCCAGGAUGCCGCCGAUGCUGCGGUAGUGCCAGCCCAGGAAGUCUGUGAUCCGGACGAGUAACGAAUCCGGGUGUGAUUGCAUGUGCGAUACGUACGGUUUCAGCAGGUCGUCGCGGAAGAAGGAGUGCUCGAACUGUCGUGGGAUGGACUUGAUGAGGUAUUUGUUGUCUUUUGUGAUGAAGAAUGUCUGGCAAGAGUUAGUCUAGGAAAUAUAUGGCAAAAGCUAGUAGGCAACGUACGGAGCCAGAAUAGCCCAUGUCGCCUUCCGGCAUGAGGGAGUCGGCGUCUUUGAAGCUGGACCUGUAUUCAUCUUCAGGGAGAUUCCAAGUCUCGGUACGCAGUUUGCGAAAUAAUUCUGGCCGCUGUCUUGUGAGGACGAGACCGUAGAGUCUGAAAAAGGUGCGCAA